CGGAACGGUUUGGAAUGAAAGGAAGUGGAAGAAACGCGGAACCAUGGCUGCUGUUUGCGGUGGUCUAGGGAGGAAGAAAUUCACACACCUGGUAACGGCUGCUGUCAGCCUUACACAUCCCGGGACUCACACGGUGCUUUGGAGAAGAGGUUGUUCACAAUAUAAACAGGAAUCCAGCAACGAGGACCUGCCCAUUCCAAUGGAAAAUCCUUAUAAAGAACCUCUUAAGAAAUGUAUCUUGUGUGGAAAGCAUGUAGAUUAUAAGAAUGUACAGCUUUUGUCCCAGUUUGUUUCUCCAUUUACCGGAUGCAUUUAUGGAAGGCACAUUACAGGUCUUUGUGGGAAGAAACAGAAAGAAAUCACAAAAGCAAUUAAGAGAGCUCAAAUAAUGGGGUUUAUGCCAGUUACAUACAAGGAUCCUGCGUACCUCAAGGACCCUAAAGUUUGUAACAUCAGAUAUCGGGAAUAAAUUCUAUCACGUUACUACUAAUAAACUUAUUUUACAGUAAGUGGUUCUAUGAUGCCAAUACUGACUCAAACCAACCUUUGGAUGUAAGAGUGUUUCAGGAGUGAGGUAAAGAAUGACACUUCCCCUUCAUACCAAUGUCCAUUAAGCAGAUUGCUUAUUUAAAAUGUUAACACUAAUCACAUUUUAUAUAUGUUGAAUAAAAGUGGUUCUGUGUGAUUGUCAUUUA